AUGUCGAAACCCAUCACCCUCCAGAUCCGGCCGCGAGGCAAACCAAUCAAGUCGCUACCAGAGACCGUUGAACUCCCAGCCGGUGCAAAAUGUGCCGACCUGUACGCUGUCUUGGCCAAGCAAAGCAAGUACAGCGUGCACCAACUGCGCGUCACCAAGGGCUCGGAUGGGAGUCUGGUCGCAAAUGUUAGAGAUGGCACAGUUCACAGCACAGGCCUCCGAGACCAAAGCACGGUCUAUGUUAAAGAUCUGGGACCACAAAUCGGCUGGCAAACCGUCUUCGUCAUUGAAUAUAUUGGCCCAGUCCUGAUCCACCCGCUGAUCUAUAUGCUCGCACCGUACAUCUACAAAGGGCCAGCAUAUGAAGCCUCGCAGAUGCAGAAGACGGUGUUGGUAGCGAUUCUGGCACACUUUCUCAAGAGAGAGUUCGAAACCCUGUUCGUCCACCGCUUUUCCGCCGCAACCAUGCCGGUCCGCAAUGUCUUCAAGAACUCUGCGCACUACUGGAUCCUCUCAGGAGUCAACAUGGCGUAUUGGCUGUAUGCACCAGCAUCAUCGGCGGCAGGUCCAACGAACCAGAUCCUCCUGGCUACUGGCCUUGCGUUGUACGGACUGGGUGAGAUGGGGAAUCUGUCGACACAUCUAACCCUGCGAGAUUUGAGAAGUGCCGGUGGUGGUGAGCGUGGCAUUCCGCAAGGCUGGCUCUUCGACCUGGUGACCUGUCCCAACUAUCUCACCGAGAUCAUUUCCUGGAUCGGAGUAUAUCUAAUAAGUGGACUCAAUUGGUCAGUCCUUUUCUUCACCGUGGCUGCUGGCGGACAAAUGGCAGCAUGGGCGAGCAAAAAAGAGCGACGCUAUCGCAAGGAGUUCGGCGACAAGUACCAUAAGAAGCGGUACACGAUGCUGCCCGGCAUAUGGUGA